AUGAAACAAGUUCUUGUAGCAAGAAGCCACAGUCGUUCAACGGAAGGUUCCGGAUCUGGUGGCUUAACUCCGUCGAAUUCAUCACAGCAAUCCGGUAGCACACAACCAACACAGCAGAAUCAUCACAUGCCACAAAUGGGACAAUUAGGUGUCGCACUGCAACAAGCAACCGGAAUCGAAGCUCCACCAACCAGUUUCACCUUUAACAACUCUGAUCUAUUUUCGUCGUUUCCAACCAAUCACAACUUGCUGCAAUAUCAGAUGAGACCCGAGCUGAUGGGAUUACCUGGAUUUCGAACUGCUAAUGGUACAUCUGUGAGCACGGUUCGAUUUAUUUUUAUGAGUAAAUAA